AUGGCUAAUCAUUUUGGAAAGAAACUUCCACCAUUCUCUUCAUCAUCAUCAUCAUCAUCAUUGGAAUUCAAUAAAAUUUUACAAAAAUCUAAAGGUUUUGCUAAUGUAUUAACCGAUACAUAUUUGGAUCAAUUAGUUGAUAAAAUUUUAUCAAUUCGUCAAGAAUAUCCAAAUUUAUUAAAUAAUGAUAAAUCAUUGGAAACAAUUCAAUCAGCUCAUGAUAAAGUAGAAGAAACACUUGAAAAAAUUCAUCAUAUACUUCAUAAACAUUAUGAAGAAUAUGAAAAUAAAGAAAAUCAUUUGAAUAUCCCAAUUGAUGCAUCAAGUACACAUACUAUUGAUAUCGAUAGAAUGAAAGAAUCAUCUAAGAAGAUUCAACAAUUCCAUGAAAAAUUAUCUCAAUUAAUACCAGUCUAUAUGAACUUGAAACUACAAUCUUAUCAAUCAUUGAAUAAUGAAAAUAUUGAACAAGAUACUACUACCACUACCGCUACUACUCAAUCUUUUGAAAACAUCCAUCAAGCUGUGAAUAAUUUAAAAAGAUUAUUAUUAGCUAAUGAAAAAUUAGAAAAUGGUUUACAACGUAUAUCACAAUAUACAUCGUUAUUGCCGGAUUUAUCAGAAAACUUGACUAUUCCAAUCUUAGGUGAAAUUCUGUCAUCGAACCAGUGUCCGUCAUCAACAUCAUCAUCAGCACCAAGAACAACAACAACAACCACAUCAUUCUCGUUAACAUCAUCAUCAUGUCCUGAUGAUCAAUUGUUGUCAUCAUUUCAUCCUUGUUCGUAAAAUGAAAUCUUAACGAGAUCGGCAUUUAUUAUUUCCGUUACAUCAUUUUUUCAUAAGAUGGAAUAGUAACUAUUAUUUUUUUGUAUAAAUUUUUUUUUUAAAAAUCUUGUUUUUUGUGAAUUAGUUUUUAUUCAUUUAAAUUAGUAACUAAGAGAUUAUUUUGUUUAUUUAAAGCAAAAUUUCUUAUUUCUACGUUCUUACCCCGUAUGUAUGUGAAUUUCUUGUACAUUUGAUGAUGUUUCACAGGUUGAAAUCAUGAGUCAGUUGAAGCUAGACCACCAUUGAAAACCUGGAAGCACUGGACGACCGUUUCGUCCUGGUAUGGGACUCC